AUGCCGUCGCGGUCAGUGAAACGGAAAGUCGUAGAAGAGAAUGGAGCGAGACCGGCGAAGAAGAGAGCUGUGGAUGGAGGCAAACGUAAACAGGAAGGUUCACGAUCUGCUCAAUGGUUAGAUGACACCAAACCUUUUGACGUAGACGCCUCACGUGAAGAACGUCUUCAUGAUGAGCUGGUACAGUUCAUUGGUUACAUUGCUCCAAGCAAGCAAGAACGUGAAGCCCGAAGCAUGUUGGUUGCAAGGAUAGAGGAUCUACUGAAAUCACGCUGGCCUGAUGCACAAGUGACUGUAUUCGGGAGUAAUGCCACUGGUCUCGAGUUGACUGGAGGUGAUAUUGAUCUCGUCGUGGCCUUCGACGAAGCUCACGAGUUCUUUUAUCCGCAAAACAAGAAAAGACGUCUAGGUGCUAUAGGCCGUCUCUUGCAAAGGUCUGGCAUGACGACGUCGGUCACCAGGAUUUUUGGUGCAAGAGUGCCGAUCGUCAAGUUCGUAACAACUGAAGACCUUGGUGAAAUCAGCUUCGACAUUAGUAUCCGCAACGAGGACGACAGCGGUCCUCGAGCAAUACCUCUGAUUAAACAAUUUUUGAUUGACAUGCCGCCUUUGCGAACACUCAUACUCGCUGUCAAGGCUUUCUUGUCUCUUCUUGACUUGAAUGACGCAUCACAUUCUACAUUAAGUAGCUAUGCCAUCACUUUGAUGUGUAUCAGUUUGUUACAGCGCAACCCGGCUCGAAGGCCGCAGAAGGAAAUAGAUGACCCUUUCAACGAGAAGUUUCUUGGUUCGCUCUUAAUGGAUUUCUUUCGUCAUUACGGGCACGACUUCUCCUACGCAACUCAUUACAUCUCUGUAAGUGACAGGGGUAUAUUCACGAAGAAGUCGAAGAAUUGGGAGGCGAAACCGGGAAAUCCAGCUGCGCUCGCUGUACAGUGUAUUCUUAAUCCUGAAAAAAAUAUCACUUGUGGAUGUGGCAAACUUCCUGUGAUCGUUAAAGCGUUCAAAGAGGCGUACCACAGUCUGCAGAGUACAUCUCUCUACAAUGCUUCUCUUCUCAGCUAUAUUUACGACAUUUCACCCGAGGACGAUGAGAGGCGACGGAUGCUUAACGAGGCUGUAGAUUCUGGCUCAUUUGCCCGUUCGGUUGCAUUGUGCAACGUCGGAGUUGGCACCGGUCCCGUAAGUGGAGGUGUACCACUUUCAACUCGGAACGGUGCUCGCCGCGGCAAGAUCAAUCCCCAAAAUGGAUCUCGUCCAUCGUUACGGUUAGGCCCUGGUCCUUUGCGGGGAUCCCGUGCCGACCAUGGGCAAAGAAAUACCAAUCGCAAUUGGACUGGGAUGCCUCAGAAUGUCCAGCAAUUGCCCGUACCGCGCUGGCAAGAUAGUCAAAAUCAGCAGAGAUCGAAUCUACAAGUCCCGAGCGGAGAGUUUAGUUUCCAGGUCCAACCAGACGUCUUUCUGCAGAGCGUUAUGAAUCAUGGUAUGUUUCAGGGCCAUGGAGCAAUGUAUACGGGUCAUUUCCAGCAACAGAACCUUCAUUCGAGCCAGCAAUUGCCCAACAUGGAAUACUUUCCCAAUUCCUAUAAUAAUUCUUUUACCUGAGUCAUGUCAGCAGCCGAGUUCGCACCCGUGGAGUUGAGGCAGUGAAUGAUCUCGUAGUGUACGAUAAUAACGACAGUUCUUUCUAUGGACAGGAUUAUUUAGACUAGUAGUAUUAAUACCCGCCUUAUCAUCUCGCUUAUGUACCUUAGGCAAUUCACACACAAUUUUCCU